AUGCUCAAGUCCGGCUCGGCAGCGCAUCCAUUGCGCCGCGCACAGGCUCUGCGGAGCUUGGCGGCGGUGCGUCCCGGAGCUGCGCGGCACUACGCAACGGAGAUUGAGCCGGAGCGGCCCAAGGCGCCGCGGCAGGGCAAUGAGCAGAAGCUGGGGAGGUCGUUCCAGGGCCAGGUCAUGGGCAGUAUCGGCGCGCGCCUGAGGAGGGAGCGCGAGCAGCGCGAGCAAUACGAGAAGUGGAGAGACAUGAACGACCCUGCGAGGAACUGGAUGAUCACUUUCCUCUUCCUAUCGAGCGUUGGCAUUUCCUACUGGCUGGGCACCUACUGGCCACGAGAACCCGAGCCCAACUCGACGCUGCCGCUAUCCAAGACGAGGCCGCCGGCGCACAACAUCAAGCUGGAAAACAUGCAGGCGGCGUGGGCAGACUUUGUCAAGAUUGUCGGCAAGGACAAUGUCAGCACGGACGAGGACCAAGUCAGCGCGCACGCCACGUCGGAUUGGUCGACGCACAAGGCCGACCCGGACGACCGUUCGUUCUGCAUAGUGUAUCCCGGCUCAACGGAGGAGGUCUCGGAGAUUAUGAAGAUUUGCCACAAGAGGAAGAUUCCAGUCACCGCCUACAGUGGAGGGACCAGUCUCGAGGGACACUUUGCGCCGACGAGGAAGGGCAUUUCCAUUGACUUUGCCCGGAUGGACAAGGUUCUGGCCUUGCAUGAGGAUGAUCUGGAUGUGGUUGUUCAGCCUGCCGUUGGCUGGGAGGAGCUCAACAACGAGCUCUCGGACAAGGGCCUGUUCUUCCCUCCGGACCCUGGCCCAGGAGCCAUGAUUGGAGGCAUGGUUGGGACUGGAUGCAGCGGCACCAAUGCGUACAGGUAUGGUACAAUGCGGGAGUGGGUUCUUAGCCUGACGGUUGUCAUGGCAGAUGGCACCAUCAUCAAGACCAGGCAGCGUCCUCGCAAGAGCUCUGCCGGCUACGACCUAACCAAGCUUUUCAUUGGAUCUGAGGGCACUCUCGGCCUGGUGACGGAAGCUACGCUCAAGCUCACGGUUAAGCCCGAGUCUACAAGUGUUGCCAUCUGCUCAUUUCCCUCGAUUCACCAUGCAGCCACCUGUGUGAGCAAAGUCGUUGGCAAGGGCAUCCCUGUUGCGGCCGUGGAGAUUUUGGACGACAACCAGAUGAAGUGCAUCAAUAUUUCCAAGACCACCUCUCGCACAUGGGCGGAAGCUCCGACGCUGUUCUUCAAGUUUACCGGAACCCCCAGCAGCAUCAAGGAGCAGAUUGCGCAGGUCCAGGCUCUCGCCUCAAAGGCCGGCAGCAAGACAUUCGAGUUUGCCAGAAGCGAGACGGAGCGCGAAGAGCUGUGGAGUGCGAGAAAGGAGGCGCUCUGGAGCACCAUGUCGGUGAAGAAGGAGGGCGAUCGGGUCUGGACUGGAGAUGUGGCUGUUCCGAUGAGCAAGCUGCCACAGUUGAUUGAGGAGACCAAGGAAGAUAUCCAGAAGAGCGGGCUGUUUGCGUCGAUUGUUGGGCAUGUUGGUGAUGGAAACUUCCACACUAUCCUUUUGUACAACGAUGCGCAACGGAAGAAGGCAGAAACGGUUGUCUCACGGAUGGUGAAGCGGGCGAUUGAGCUUGAGGGCACAGUCUCGGGAGAGCACGGCGUGGGUUUGGGCAAGAGAGACUAUCUGCCCCAUGAAGUUGGCGAGACGACGGUGGACGCGAUGCGCCAGAUCAAAAAGGCGUUUGAUCCGCUGUGCUUGUUGAACUGCGACAAGGUUGUUCGUGCGCAGAAGCCUAAGGCUGGCGAGGUCAAAGAGUGGUGA